CGCCCCUCUGGGGUUCGUGUACGCUGCUGCUUCCGUCGGCACCUUAAGGUGCCCCACCCGCCCCUCACAGAGGCUUCUGAAAACCGUCAUCAAAGGGUUCAAUCAAGGGGACCUUACACGCAUCGGCUAAAGUGAAGCUGUGUGUACGCUGUCAUUGCAUCAAGCCGCGGGCCUAUUCAGGUCCUGCCGUCAAGUCUUGGGAACUACUAGCUAAGUCGAAAGAGACUAACCCCCACAAAGACGCUCAUCUACCGCCAUCAUUAUGUCAAUGUUUCGGAAGCCAGGGGACAGUUCGUCUUCCAGUGAAGAUGAGAGCUCGAACACGCGUGGAGAGGAGACCUCCAACAUCCGCGAAGAUUCGGACAACCUACUCUCAAAGAUCAACACACUGGAUUCCACAUCAUCACUGCCCCGUUCUUUGCCAGCAACAGGACCACCUUCACUGAGCCGCCCUGGAAUCUCACGGACCAACACCGGGGACAACAUUCGAGACCUUCUCCUGCACUCGUUGCUCGAAGACAAAGCGCUCACUGACGCCGCAGAGCACUUGGGCAAGAGUAAAACUGAUCCGGACGUGUUGGCACUUGCACAGCAAACAUACCAAGGUCUAGCUCGCCAGAUCUCCAGUCAAGUUGACAGUAGCUAUGCCGGCGACGAUAUGCGCAUGCAACGUCUCGCAGCCAAAGAGGGUAUCAGUCGAGCCACGCAUCUGCAGAUGACGAGCCUUACUGCCGCUGCUACCGCUACCGGAACUGCUGCAGCUGCAGGCUUAUCUCAAGCUUUGGUCACUCGGCCUUCCUUCUUUGGUAUACCAGCUCAGAGCGCCCCAAUGCUGGCACGUGAGAUGGAUACACUUAAUGAUAUGUACCGUCAGCUUCCGUCGUCUGUUCAGGGCCACACUGCCCUGCACAACAACCGAUAUGCUCGUGAGUACGAGGAGAUUGAGAUGGUCGGCAAAGGCGGUUACGGCAAGGUCUUCAAGACCAAGCAUAAGCUGGAUAACGCCUACUAUGCAGUGAAGCGCAUCUGCAUUACCUCCCAUAGAUUACAGAAGAUUCGAGAGCGCGGAGAUGAGGAACUCCACUCCAUUCUUGAGGAGGUCCGCUCCCUUGCUCAGUUCGACCACAACAACAUUGUCCGAUAUCAUGGUGCCUGGAUGGAAUUCACCGCCAACGUACCCGACAUCCCGGAGUCACCAACCGCUGGUGUGUCUCGCCCGAAUCGCCUGAUAGAGCACGCUUCUGAGCCUUCCUUCAGCGAGAACGUCGCAGACCCACUAUAUGACAGCUUCGGUGACUUGGAUAUUGACGAUCCCUUUGAGCGUAGAACGCUGGAGGCGGCGGGCCUUAUCCACUUUGGAGAUAGCGACACGAACGAGCCAACUGACGAGUCCCCGCGACGCUUUACGAAGAAACAAAAGGGCAAGGGCAAUGCGCGCCGCGGAAGCCAGGCUACCAUCGCGACCAUUUCGUCAACAAAGUCGCGCUUGAGUGCUGUCCAGGAUGUCGAUGAAGAGGACGAGGGGGGCAUUGAGACAAUUCCCCGGGAGCAUGAACCGACAUUCGAAGAGUCCGAGAGCAUGGUAACAGACAGCGAUGCGCCAAACCAGCUCAUCUCUACACGCAAUCAGGGCCCCGUCUUGACCUUGAACAUCCAGAUGUCACUCUACGACACCAACUUGGCUGCUUUCCUAUCCACCGAACAAGGAUCCCCGAGCCACUGCUUUCACCCUUGCAUAUCCCUCGAAAUCCUCCAUGAGAUCAUCAAGGGAGUGGAGUACUUGCAUGAACGUGGAGUUGUGCAUAGAGAUCUAAAGCCAGCCAAUGUCUUCCUGUCGCUCUCAACAGGUCGCACCCAACCUGCGGGCUCUGUUGACCUUGCCAGCUGCUCAUCUUGCUCAGAGCAUGACCAUCCUCAAUACGUCACGCCAAAGAUUGGCGACUUUGGCUUGGUAGCAGCAUUGGGCGAAUCGGUGACCAGAGCGGUGGGCACAGAGUUCUACCGGCCUGUUGUCCAAGGCAAGAUAGACGAGAAGCUGGAUGUGUUCUCUCUUGGUGUUCUAACCUUUGAGAUGCUAGAGCAUUUCGGCACAAGAAUGGAAAGGGUGGAGGCGCUGACCAAGUUGCGUCGUGGUGAGUUUGUAGAGGGAUUUGGUGACCCUUGCGGAGACAUGAAAGAAUUGGUGAAGAAGAUGAUUGCGGGGAUGUUGGCAGAGAAUGGUGAAGAGCGACUUACUUGUGCUCGCACCCGUGCCAAAAUUGUGAGAAUUGUUGGUGGAUUGCGGGUUUGAGUUUGGAGAAGAUACCCCUCUACGAUGAACAGUCAUCUUUCGUGCUUUGGCAUGCUUUGACUAUGCACAAAUGACGUUUCAUGAACAAACUCUUUCAAAAUCGCUUGAUGGCUGAUCCUGGAGGGUAAUCUGAGGUGCUACAAGUGACGCUAAUUCUGAAUUAUACAGAUUCUUUUAAAUCUGUCUAACGGCGCAUCCUGGAGUAACUUGAGCUACUUUUAUUUCUCAGAACUUGACCUGAUGC